AUGAUGUGGUGUACGUGUAGUUGCCCAACCUUAGGGUCUAAGUUCACGAAUUUACCAAUCAAUUUCGCAAUUUUAGGUUUCCAUUCGUUACUUAUCACCCUCAUCUUGUCUGAUUCGGUAGCCCUGUUUUCCCCGGGUUUAGCGACAAGGACAAUCAUGGACAGGUUUACUAGCUCUCCACGUCUCAUGAUCGUUUCAGAUCUUGAUCACACCAUGGUUGAUCAUCAUGAUCCUGAGAACCUUUCUAUACUAAGGUUCAAUGCGUUAUGGGAGGCUAAAUAUCGCCAUGAUUCACUGCUAGUGUUCUCAACAGGAAGAUCACCUACAUUGUACAAACAAUUAAGGAAAGAGAAGCCCAUGUUAACCCCAGACAUAACCAUAAUGUCUGUGGGAACUGAGAUAACAUAUGGUAACAACAUGGUGCCAGAUGAAGGUUGGGUUGAGUUUUUGAAUAAAAAAUGGGAUAAAAAGAUAGUCUCUGAAGAAACAAGCAAGAUUCCAGAACUCACAUUGCAGCCUGAUACUGAGCAACGCCAACACAAAGCUAGCUUCUUUGUCAAGAAAGAAAAAGCUCAGGAAGUAAUGAAGACACUUUCUGAAAGACUAGUCAACCGAGGGUUAGAUGUCAAAAUAAUUUACAGUGGUGGGAUGGAUUUGGAUAUUUUACCACAAGGUGCUGGGAAAGGACAAGCUCUUGCUUAUCUACAUAAAAAAUUAAAAGACGAGGGUAAAUUACCCAAAAAUACCCUUGCAUGUGGAGAUUCAGGGAAUGAUGCUGAGCUUUUCACCAUUCCAGAUGUGCAUGGUGUCAUGGUGAACAAUGCACAGGAAGAAUUGUUGCAGUGGCAUGCUGAAAAUGCCAAAAAUAACCCUAAAAUCAUUCAUGCAAAUGACAGGUGUGCAGGUGGUAUCAUAGAAGCUAUUGGUCAUUUCAAUUUGGGGACAAAUAUAUCAUCUAGAGAUGUAACCGAUCUUUCAGAUGCAAAGUUGGACCAUUUUGACCCUGCAUAUGAAGUAGUCAAAAUUUACUUGUUUUUCGAGAGGUGGCGACGUGCAGAAGUUGAAAGUCCUGAUGUCUAUUUGAGCAACCUCAAAUCUGUUUGUUCUGCUUCUGGUGUGUUUGUUCAUCCAUCUGGAAUUGAGCAAUCUCUUCAUGAUUGCAUUGAUAAACUAAAAAACUGUUGUGGGGAUAAAAAGGGAAAACAAUAUCGAGUUUGGGUUGAUCAAGUUUUCCCAUCACAGAUUGAUUCAGACACGUGGCUUGUGAAGUUCAAGAAAUGGGAACAAACUGGUGAACAGCAACAGGGUUGUUUGACAACUGUUGUAGUUAGCUCAAAGGGGGUGAAACCUGCAGAAGGGCUGACUUGGAUUCAUGUGCAUCAGACAUGGAUCAAUACCACAACACAGAAUUGGUUCUUAUAAUUAAUGCUUUCACAAAUUAAACAACAUAUUUCAUAAAUUAAGGUUAAAACAUGUAACCUUCAGAAACGGGUGUAAUGAUUUUUAAGUAGGUUUGUUAUCGACAGUGUAAUGUUUUUGCUUAAAAUUGUAACACAAGUGUAUAUUAUUUCCAAUAAAUUUAUAA